AUGGUGACACGAAGUGAGAAGGAUCAUCGCAUGGAACUGUUGGCUGUAACAAUUAAGGAGGAUAAGUCUGUUUACGGUGAAUAUUCUGACACUGAAGAAGAUGAACCUGAUUUACCAGAAGAAUAUCCUGAGGACACUAAAGUUGACCCCAACGAUCGGGUUUAUGGCAAAAAUCUUGGCAAAUGUGCGAUUUUACACCAGAUGAAGUAG